GCGCCGCGAUGGCGGGCGGCCCCGCGGCGGGCUGGUCGCCGUCGGGCGCGCUGCCGGGGCAGCCGGAGGAGGAGGCGGAGCCAGGCCCACGCCUCCACCACGCACCCCCGCUGGCGCAGCGCGCAUCGCAGGAGGCCGAACCCCUGCGCAGGGCUGGCGCCGACGCGGCCGAGCCCGCGGCGGGCGGCUCGCCGCCCCCUGCCGCCGUCCGCGCCGAGCUGCUCGGCCCAGGGGUCGCCGGGCCGAGGAGCUGCUCACCUUCCGCAGGCGCCAGGCCCAGCGGGGCCAGCUUUUCGGUGGGCACGAGCCCCGUCGCGGCCGGUCGGCAGCGGCGGCGUACGCGCGAGUGCACUGACACGGGCGGCGCCUCGCCAGAGUGCUGCCAGAGCGAGCAUGGCACUUUACAGGUCAGCCCGCGCUGCACCUGCGUGUGUCCGAAUGGUCCAACCUGCUCGUUCGACACGGUGUCCGCUCGUUCGUUCAGCAAGAGCAGGGCCCAUCCUCAGACUCUGUCGAGUGGCCAACAGGUGUGGCCCGAUCGCUGGGGAACCACCCGGGCCCAGCUGGAGCAGCUUCUGGACACCGCUCUCAGCGACCCCAGGUGGGAGCACUCCAACAUGUACGAGUUCGUGGAGGGCUUCAUCAAGCCCAAGACGGCAGGGAAGGGCGUGGGGUACGCUCUCCUCGUGAACGGGACAAAGCCCAAGGAGGUGAACGUCAUGGUCUCGCACGCGUGGCAGGAGAAUACCGUUGAGUUCCUCAAGGCCGUGAUACGAUCCACGCGCGAGGAGGACGUGAUGUUUAUCUGCGCCCUCUCGCUCUACCAGAACGAGGAUGGCGAAGGGCCGAGUAUCGAGCAGCAGAUUGGGGACGAGAGCCAGCAGAACCCGUUCAAGCGGGUCCUCCUGCUGAUCUACAGGCGCGGGAACGCGUGCAGCUUCCUCAGCUGGCUGCGGUACCGGUACGCGUCGGCCUUGCGGGGGCUGCCGCAGGUCCUGGCGUUGAUGGGGCUGCAGCUGCUGUACCUCCCCGCGUGGCACGGCGGCUGCCUGAGCUCCUUCCGGUACUGCUACACGAAGGAGGAGACGAACAUGUUCAUCUGGAGCCCGGCCAACCGCUGGGCGCACCGCGCGCUCCCCGCUGGCUACACGCUCGCCGUGUGGAGCGCCUGCCUGUGCUUUCUUCUGUCGGGGGCAGUGCGCGUCUGGUUGGCCUGCCACCACGGGUACAGCGGCAGGAUGAUCGUGGUCCCGAACUCCAGCUGCGAGAUUUACACCAGGCUGUGGUGCGUGUACGAGAUGUUCGAGGCGAAGAGGCUUGGCAUCCCGGUGAGGCAGGCGCACACGCUGGCGACGGUCGGGAAUUGUCAGUCGCGGCACGCCACCUGCAAGGUGGAAGCUGACAAAACCCGGAUACUGACGGAGAUGGCGCAGAAGUGGGGGGACGAGACGUUCUCGCUCCUCGACAGUGCCAUCUGGCGGAUCUCGGCCUCGAACACCAAGUCCGAGGCCUCCGUCAUCCUGGGCUGGGCGUCCGUGGUGCUGCUGCUGUCGGUCGCGCAGUUCCGCGUAAACGGCGAGUUCGCCGACUGCGCCGCGGAGAGGGUCCUUGGCACCUCCGUCGGCGUCGUCGCGGCCAUGCUCGCCACCGUCCUGGCGUUCUACAGUGUGGCGAGGCGUGCCCAGGGCCAGCUCCAGCUGCGCUGCUGUGUGGCCACAGGCCUCGGCUUCCUCGCGGCAGGUCUCGCCUUCUGGCUCUGCAGGGAGGCCACAGCGGUGGAGCCAGCCACGUGCGGAAUGCACGCCGUCCUGCAGCAGACCGUGGUGGCCCUCUUCAAGAGCCUGUUCUGCGCCUCCGGGCUGGUUCUCGGCUUCGCGGGGUACAGCCUGUGCUUUCCCAACAGGUACGCCAAGUCUCGCAGGGAGAUCGCCGCCGUACUGCUCCUGUCCGUGUGCUGCGUCGUCCUCCGGAUCCCCGUCGGCCACUGGGCGUCGUGGGACUCCUUCGCGCCUGAGGCCCUCUUCGCCGUGCUGCAGUGGUGCGCCAUGGUCCUCUGCCCCAUCUGGGCCUUCUGGUCGUUCUCCAUCAAGUGGGGCAUCGAGGUGGUCGGCGCUCGGCGGCGCGGCGUCGCGGCGAAGAGCACGGCGGACCUCGAGCGGGGCGUGCCGGACGGCGCCACGGUCCCCGCCGAGCGGGCCGCGGAGGCGGCCGCGCCUGACUGCCGUGCGGGCAGCCCGGGCAGCGCGGCGACCUUGAAGUGA